AUGUCUCGUAGAGCUCUAUGUCACAGCAAUCUCGAAAAGCUCUGGGAUGGAAUCAGGCAGUUGAAAACUUUUGCAGAUUGGGUCAGAGUGUUUCAAGGUGAGAGUAGUAGCAGCAAACGGAAAGAGCAGAGUGAAGGAGCCGCCGGGGUCUCCGAAGAUGGAAGUGUCGUCAAAAGAAAGAUCAACUUCUUCUCUCAAGCUGUAACCACUCUCUCCAAAUAUGGGAGCUAUGUGACGAGUGGGAGGCGUUUUCACAUGUAUUUCCUAGAAUGGACAUCGUCGUCGUCGUCACUGAUCAUCAACUUCCGACAAGGAUCGGUGAAUGAAAACUUGAGAUUUCUUUUUCCGUGGAGUUCUCUUUCCGUCGAUUUCCUACAGAUUUCAUCCGGCGGCGGUGGAUAG